ACAACGCACUUUUACUCUACACUAUUCACUUGAUACUCUUCACAAUCCCCUCUUCCGCUACCCAGCUAGAGAGAAAUGACGACCGACGUACAACCCGUAAUUCCCAAUCCUGAAUCCGUGCCUGCGGAUCGACAACAAGAAUCCACAACACCGAAUAUGCCACAACAAAAUAGUGCUGUUCCGCAGCAGCAGGAAAUAGAUCAAGCGGAACUGGAGCGGGCGAAGGCGGCGAAUAAUAAGGCGCUUCAGGACUCUCGCGAGGGCAUUUGGUUCCUCAAGCAAAUUACUUUCAACGGUCGACCAAAGAAGAUAGUUACGCAGAAUUAUAAUGGGCCAUGUUCCUUUAUUGCGAUAUGCAAUAUUCUCAUUCUGCGUGGCGACAUAGAGAUUCUCCCGCCAGAGCGCACGGCAGUGUCGUAUGACAUUCUCGCACAGAUCGUCGGCGAGUAUUUGCUGCAUGCUUCCCCCGAUGUAGACGUUUCUGCGGCGCUAUCAAUGAUGCCGUUAACUCAGAAGGGCAUGGAUCUUAACCCACUCUUCACAUCUCCAACCGCAUUCAGACCUGCGGGUGACAAUGGCGCACUGAAGCUUUUCGAGCAAGUAGGGAUUCCACUCGUGCACGGGUGGCUCGCCGAUCCUACAAGUCCGGAGUACCAUGUUCUAUCCUCCACGGAGGACUACGACACAUCUGUCAACCUCAUUGUCGAGGCGGAUACGCUUGCAAAAGGCCAGCUUGUCGUUGACGAGUAUGCCCCAGGUCCGAGCUCACCAGGUCCGUCGACAAAUCAUGCACAUGUAAGCGAUUAUCUGUCUGCUGCGGACAGGAAGAAGAUUGAAGAUGCUCUUGUCGUUCGGAACUUCUUGGAUUCUACCAGCUCUCAACUAACAUAUCAUGGUCUCUUCACCCUCGCUUCGUCUAUCAAGCCCGGCACACUCGUCGCGCUCUUCCGCAACUCCCACCUCUCCGUCUUGCACCGACGCGCCAUCCUACCACCAAGCUCGUCAUCAUCCCAACCGUCCACUGACCCUUUCUCCCCUCAAACUAGUUCGUCCUCAACUCCUCCAGAGGGAGAUCAAGACCACGCUCUAUACAAUCUCGUCACUGACUAUGUCUUCCACAACGAGCCCACCGUCGUCUGGGAACGUCUCGAAGACGUCGAUGGUGGCGCAUCAUCCUUCGUCGAUUCCGAAUUCCGUCGAUCUAACCCUGUCGGUGGCGAUUUCGCUGGAGCGACCAUGAUUGACCCAGGUCAAUACGCUGAAUUCGAUCCUGCAGACCAAGCACUCGCCCAACAGCUACAAGCAGAAGAAGACGCCCGCGCACAAGCAAUCUAUGCACAGCGAGAACAACGUCGGGCUGCCCAACAGCAGCAAAACCCUAACCAAAAUCGAAACCAAAAUCAAAAUCAGCAACAACCUCCCUUUGACCCACGCGACCCACGUUAUGCACAUUACAUGGAACAACAACAACACGCUCAACAACAGCAACAACAGCAAUACGAUCCUCGUUAUGCAGGGCAAUACCCUGAUCAAUACGGGAUGUCACCAAGUCCAGAUACGAAUCCGAAUUCGAGACAGAAUCAGGGCCAGCGUCCGCAAAAGAUGAAGCGCAAGACGUCAUGCUCGUAA